GGUAAGGCUCCACAGAGAACUGCAAAAGCUGCUGAAGAGUCGAAAAAACAAUCAAAUGUGCUGAACUGCGCCAUGAAAGGUUUCAUAAACAGCUUGGCUAAAGACACUUCAUCCUUUACACAGUAGUCGUAGAGACUACGGUGCGUGUUAGUGUGGUUGUUAUUGAUAAUCUCAUAGGUUAAGUUUACCGUGGAAGGUGGAAUGUUCUUUAUGACUUUCGAGUACGUUUGUUUGUCCAGCCCAAAGCUUCGCACCAAAUGCUUGUAGAAUGGAGGCAUUUCGGCUUUGAUCUUAUCUCUGAGUCUAGGAGUAAGGACAUGAUGAAGGGCAAUGCCCACCACUAACCAUCGGCGCUGUUCCUGGGACGUCCCUCAUAAGGAAGCCAUUUCUUCUUUAUGCUGUUUUACCUUUUUUUAUUUGGAAAAAAUAAAACUUUAGUAGAAAUCACGUGAUAAACUAAACAUAAUGUUUUGUUAUUAUGGGAAACGAAGCUGUUGGGACCUAAGACGUCUGCCUGCCAUCUUAGAUUUACCAUUGAUUUGUUUAAAAAAAGUCUUUAGAUGAAGAUUUUUCUGCCGUCAGUACUACCUUCGAGGUUUUUUUUGUUGGGCCCACCCUCUGUUUUUCCAAAGAGUGACCAAGAAACAGAAGCCGAACAGCAUUUGAGGCGUCUAGGAAAAAAAGGAAGAAAAAUCCUGCGAAAAGCGAGCUGUACUUAUCAGGGAAGGACAAUUAGAAAAGUCUAAUUUGGAAAAGGGAAAUUUCAGUUCGCACGAAAAUUAUUUCCUAUUGCAUUCCGGACCAUGAUCUUUCCGUCUACAUACACAGCUGUUAAGAAUCAUUGCUUACUUGGGUGUCAGAGGAAGAGUAAACAAGGCAUUGCGUCAGUAAACCAAGAAGGCGAGAAUAUGAAAUAAGCGGUUAGCCAGCAGAUUAAACACAUAUCAAAAGAUACAGUACUUGCUUAUUUUUUUUCUUCUUCUUCUAUUAAUCAGUGCAGACAGCAUGGAAGAGAAGGAAGCUAGACUGUUCACAGUCCUCUAUUUUUCCGUAAGAUCGUCGAGAUCGAGCGCUUUGCUUUUCGGGCUGCCAUCUUGCGUGAGUGUCAAAACUACUUAGGGGGCAGGGGGCGGUUUGGGAGGAAGAGCUAUAAUCCCCGACGCCCGCCCCCUCGGUACAUUUGAAAAUCAAGAUGGCCGUCAUUAACGGUAAGACGCGCUAUAUCUCAACGAUCUCACGAAAAAAUAGGGGACUGUGAACAGUCUAGAAGCAAGCCUGCCAGUGCAGGUCUAGGUAUGAGUGAGUUGAGCACAUCGCUUACUUAACUUCAUCUCGCCGUUUUUUACACUUUUCAAAAGCAAAGUCAAAACAAACCCUUUUUCCAACCUCCUUUAUCAGUUUAAUAUUUUAAUGAUCCGUUGCAAAGGUGACUGCGUCGACCAGCAACAUUUGAGUAAGGCGUUUGCUGUAAAAUGUUAUUUCAAAGUUUUAUGAAUACGCCUGGGUUCUGCAUAUCAGGGAUGUAGCCACGAGUCCGGGGAACAAUUUUAAUGUUGUUUGAUGACUGAAAUGAGGGUAUGAAGACAGCUAAGUCGUGGCAGUUUCCACCACGCCGUAAACAAAGGAACGCCCACAGCUGAACUUUAAUUCUCUUUUUUACAGAACAAUAAGAGGCGUAAGACGUGAAAAGCCCAAACUUACUCUGGCAAAUCAGGUAUGGCAUAGGGCUGGGUUGGGUUUCUCCUAUUCAUGUGUAGCCCCCUAUUAUAUCGUGAGAAAAUCUCCCUAAGGUGACUUUCUAGUUAAACUGUUCUGUAUUUUCUAACUUUUAAGCAAUGACCUAUGGUGGGUUAUGAACUCAUCAGGGGGCAGACCAUAACACUGUUUAACUGGUAAAACUUUGUUAAAUAGCCCUUCAUUGCAGAAUGGCUUCAAACGUCAGAAGAGAUGGGUAUUUAAUUACAAGCCGAGAGCACAAUUAUCCCAGAAAUAGCUUCGAAAAAGACCUCGUCACACCUACAUAAAUAGCCUCCCCGCAGACGUCCUUUGGGGUUCGUUCGUCACGCACUCAUUUGUCCCCCACGGACGUCUGCUAAACACAGCCGACAUUUACGUUCUUGUUUGUUUGAAUAAGCCAAUAAGCGGUUAGUUAUUGUGUCACAAUCAGUCAAUAACGAGCUGUGAUACAAGUGAAACGGCACCUACGAAUUAUUACUCGCUCUUUUAGGGGAAUAUUUAUUCCAUACCUAUGCAUGGAUGAGCCUCCGAAGAAAGUUAUAAGGAGCGAAUUUUUUUUGUUUUCUUGCAGCUGUAAUUUAGAAAAGGACCAAGUUCGUGUGUUUAGAAAAAGCGCAGUCGACAUCGCAAGGCUCAUCAAACGUGCUCUGGACUUUGAUGUGUCUUUGUAUUGUUCAAGUGAAUUAUUUAUUUGCACAGCUAUUUCCUACCUGAGACGACUCAAACGUUUUGAAAAAAUUACAGAAAUGAUGCAAUAA